GGUAGCAGAGAAAACAGCUAGGAAGAGUACUAAAGGGACAAAGAACCGCUGCUUCACAUCUCAUCCUGUCCAACAGGUUGGAAACUUCAAAGUCUGCGUGUUGAGAAGAGUUUACUGCGUGUUCUCCGUCUGUCACAAUCACUGUUGUUUCCUUCCUUGUCCUGCAUCAUGCUGCGUCCAGUUGCAUUCCACUGUCUCUUGUCCACUUUGCUGUGCACAUUGGCACUGUGCAGCGCCCAGUCAGACACUAGCGCCCCUGUAAUCCAGCUACGUCUAGCUGGGGAGAAGCGGAAACACUACGAGGGUCGGGUGGAAGUUUUCUACAAUGGAGAGUGGGGGACGGUGUGCGAUGAUGACUUCUCCAUCUCUGCUGCGCAAGUGGUGUGCAGAGAGCUCGGCUUCAUGAAUGCAGAGUCCUGGUCACCCUCGGCCAAGUAUGGAAGAGGAGAAGGCCGUAUCUGGCUAGACAACGUGCACUGCUCUGGCGCAGAGAAGAGCCUGGCUCAGUGUCACUCCAAUGGCUUUGGAGUGUCGGACUGCAAACACUCAGAAGAUGUCGGAGUGGUGUGCACCCAGAAGCGCAUUCCAGGCUUCAAGUUCAUCCAGAACCAGGCCAACAUGGAUGAGGGUUUGACGGUGCAGGUGGAAGAUGUGAGGAUCAGGGCCACUUACUCCCACCGGAAAAGGAUCCCCAUCACUGAGGGCUUUUUGGAGGUGAAAGAUGGAGGCAAGUGGAGACAGAUCUGUAACGAGGAGUGGACGGAGAAAAACACCAGGGUCAUCUGUGGCAUGUACGGCUUCCCCGGGGAGAAACGCUUCAAUACCCGACCCUACAAAUUGCUGGCCAAGCGUCGUAAGAAGAACUUCUGGGGUUUCUCUGUCAACUGCACAGGCAACGAGGCCGACCUGUCCGAUUGCAAGCUGGGAAAAGAGAUAAAGCUGAACGGCAACCUCACCUGUGAGCAGGGCAUGCCUGUAGUGAUCAGCUGUGUUCCUGGACGUGCUUUCGCCCCUAGCGUCAGCGCUGGCUUCAGAAAGGCCUACAGGGUGGAGCAACCCUUGGUGCGUCUAAGAGGUGGAGCUAUGAUUGGUGAAGGGCGAGUGGAGGUGUUGAAGAACGGGGUGUGGGGAACAGUUUGUGAUGAUAACUGGAACAUUCGAGCUGCCACUGUGGUGUGCCGAGAGCUGGGCUUUGGUAGCGCCAAAGACGCCUUGACUGGUGCCCAACUGGGACAAGGGAUCGGGCCGGUCCACAUGAACGAGGUGGAGUGCUCUGGGUUUGAAAAGUCACUGACUGAGUGCUACUUCAACCGUGACUCUGUUGGCUGCAGCCAUGAGGAAGACGCAGCAGUCAGGUGUAAUGUUCCCGCCAUGGGCUUCAACAAAAGACUUCGGCUAAAUGGCGGCCGUAAUCCCUAUGAGGGCCGUGUGGAGAUCCUGGCAGAGAGGAACGGCUCUAUGGUGUGGGGCUCAGUGUGCAGUGACAGCUGGGGGACCAUGGAGGCCAUGGUAGUGUGCAGACAGCUGGGCUUGGGCUUUGCCAGCCAUGCUUUCCAGGAAACAUGGUACUGGCAAGGAGAUGCCUCAGCUGAUGCAGUGUUGAUGAGUGGAGUGAGAUGCUCCGGAACGGAGCUGACUCUGGAUCAGUGUCUUCAUCACGGGAAGCACAUUGACUGUCCCAAAGGAGGUGGACGCUUCGCUGCGGGGGUCUCCUGUACUCAGAUGGCCCCAGACCUGGUCCUCAGUGCCCAGGCUGUGGAGCAGACCACCUACCUGGAGGACAGACCCAUGUACGCGCUGCAGUGUGCCCACGAGGAGCACUGCCUGUCCAGUACUGCUGAAAACGCCGACCCCAAUUCAUACCGCCGCCUUCUCCGCUUCUCCUCCCAGAUCCAAAACAACGGCCAGUCAGACUUCAGGCCUCGAGCGGCACACCACUCCUGGGUUUGGCACGAAUGUCACAGACAUUACCACAGUAUGGAGGUUUUCACCCACUAUGACCUGCUGUCUCUAAACGGCACUAAAGUAGCAGAGGGACACAAGGCCAGCUUCUGUCUGGAGGACACUCACUGUGACGAGGGUAUCCAGAAGAAGUAUGAAUGUGCAAACUUUGGGGCACAAGGCAUCACAGUUGGCUGCUGGGAUACCUACAGGCACGACAUCGACUGUCAGUGGAUUGACAUCACAGAUGUGAAACCCGGCGACUACAUCCUCCAGGUUGUGAUAAACCCCAACUAUGAGGUUGCAGAAUCAGAUUACACCAACAACAUUAUGAAGUGCAGCGCCCGAUACGAUGGACAGCGGAUGUGGACGUACAACUGUCAUAUAGGUGGCUCACGGAGUUCAGAAAUAGAGGAAAUGUUCCCUGGAUUAAUGACCAACCAGCUUUCACACAGGUAGACCAAAGACGGACAACACAGACGGACGGACAUUAGGGAAGCAUAUAUUGAUAUUUGACAACCACUAGAGGGGGCUGUACGGUUUUGCUUCCUUGAAGCUCUGCUGGAUGUUUUUGGGCUCAGGGCUCAACAGGUACAACGGACAUGAAUUCAAUGGUAAAUUAUGAACUGCUUGCUUACGAAAUCUAUUAACCCACAUUCAGCUGUACAAAAGUGUCCUUAUUUAUGCCUCAUUUCCACUGCAUGGUUCCACUCAACUUUACUCACUAUUGGUACCAGGUGCCGUGACAUUAUCUUCAACUCACUGAAUGCUAUCAUUGGCAACCAAACACUUUUGUCAGUUGUACAGAGUAGUUUGCAGCUUACCAUUUUUUAAAAAUCUGGAUUGAGUCAAAUAAAAAAUUGCAGUUGCUAUUGAUGGUAGCUUGGCUAUUUAAAAAUGGUAUACAAGCACCAGGUACUAUCCACAAUUUUUGCUGAUGGAGAACCAAAGGAGUGAGCUGAGUUGAGCUAUGCCGUACCAUGCAGUGGAAAUGCAGCAUUAGUGCCUCUAUUGUCAGUGAAAUGUAGGUUUUGACCUGGUGCUCACUGGGAGAGACGUCAAUGAGAGUUGUAGCCAAAUAAGUUCUUAAAUUAAGUGUGCCAACAGGUGUCUUCUAAGCCAAAGUUUGAAGAGUUUGAAGAAGCCUUAAACCAAAGACCAUUAGAUGAAACAUUCACCCUCAUGUUGAGUUUGCUUGGGAUAGAUGAAAAUUAUUGUCAAACAGAAACCUGCUUAUGAAUGCAGAAUCUGAAGGAAAGGGGAAAAUAUUUUGGUAUUGGAAGCGUUCUGGUUUCCGUUUGUAGUCUGAAUAGAAUAGACCAAUGACAUUUGAGCAGGCAUUGGUUGCUUGAGAGAGAAAAAGAGGCAGAACGCAUUGGACGAAGUGCAAUCUCAGAACCAAUUGGCUUUGUUUGACCAUGAUAUAGCUUUUUAUUAGCUUCACUAAACUGGCUACUUGUGAAACAGUCCAGUCAAAGACAUUGUCUCUCAACUUUAUCUCCAUACUCCCAUCUCAAGUUGGGGAUCGAACUGUAAACUGGUGCACAGAGGAGGAGGUCUUGGCCCAAAUAUCUGUUCUCUGGAUAUCCUCUGGCUACACUUGAACCCCAGAAAUAAUGGCCAUUUUCCCCAGAGGCUAAAUCAUAGUCAGGUCCAUAGCCGAUGGGUUCCCAGAUUGGGUUAAAUAGUCUACUGCUAAACCUGGUGCUACAACUGCGUCUUGCACUGUAUGUUUCCCCCCAGAACAGUUGGAUUAAAAGGGGGCUGCUUUAAUCAUGUUUGCUUUCACAGUAUUGGACAGUGAAAGGCUUUAACUAGAAACUGAAAAAAUACAGCAAAUGAUUAUAAUGACUGUAGAGCAAUAUAGCACAAUCUAUAGCAACAACACAACUGACGAAACAAAGAUUUGUUGUUUUUAUAAAGACUAUUUUUAAUUCUCUACAAAGGAUUACAGGUUGUAACCAAAACUGUAAUGUAGGCUACCUAAAGUUGGACUUAUUCAUUUUAUUUUUUUGUUAGGGCCCCUCUGGUGCUGAAUACAGUAGAUUAACCUACAACAACAGAUGAUUAGAUUUGUUUCCUGCAAUGUUUCUGAUGAUUUGUAAAGACUUCCAGUCAUAGAUGGUCAGAAUUAAGAGGAAAUGUGCUUUUUUGCCUCUUGUAUUCUGUGUUCCACACAUCUGACUAUGCCUCUGAAAAUGUUUUAUUUAUUAAUUGUUUGUUUAUUAGACACAUAGACGCAUUUUCAUCUUCACGAUGUGUGCAUCCCCUCAGCUUCUUUCUCAAUGUCUGAGAUUUGUUACAUUACUACCAUCAGGGACUGAAAACAUUGUGGAUGUACUGUAAAAGCCACAAAUGUAUGUGAAAAUGCCUCUUUAUUGUUGUGUGAAUAUGUUUUUUAAUGUAGCAAAUUCAAGGAUCCUCAUUUUAAAAGAGUACCUCUUGCUUGCUGUCUGACUGGUCGUAUUUUGUAUGCAAGGGUGAAUGUGGAAAAACAUUACAUUUUUGAAAUAAAUAUUGGUGAAAGCAGA